AUGCAAAGAAUCCUUAGCUUACUCCCACCAAAAGCUGUACCUUAUUUCAAACUUGGCCGUUUCCACAAGCCAAUUGGUGCAUACCUUGUAUUAUGGCCUACAACUUGGUCAGCAGCCCUUGCAUCAGCCUCAGGGAUUCCUCAUAUUGGCUGACUUGGGUGUGCAGUCGGGGCAUCUUUUAUGCUAAGAGCAGCAGGCUGUACAAUAAACGACUACUGGGACACAAAAUAUGACAAACAUGUAAGAAGAACCAAAGAGCGUCCACUUGCCAAUGGAGAAAUCUCUAACUUUGGAGCCAUGUCCUUUUUCCUAUUUAACCUAGCCCCAGUACCUGUUAUUUUAAGCUUGACUGGGCCUGUAUGUCAAAGUCUAAUUCUUUUCUCAAUCCCACUUAUGAGUUUAUACCCAUUAGCAAAACGCUUUACAAACUGGCCACAAGCGGUACUUGGAUUUGCAAUGAAUUAUGGAUGUGUAGUAAAUUAUGUGUUUUUAACUGAAAGACUGGAUUUAGCUAUUGUUCUUCCGCUAUAUUUGGGAAGCUGGUGCUGGACUAUGAUUUAUGACACAAUUUAUGCGUAUCAGGAUAGAGUUGACGAUCAGCCAAUUGGAGUAAAAUCAACUGCAUUAUUAUGGGGAAAUACAAAUAAGCCAUAUUUUGCUUUUUUUACAGCUGCUGCAGGACUUUGCUGGUUUUCAGCAGGAUAUAUGGCGAAUUUAGGGCUUCCUUAUUAUAUAUGUAUAUCAGGAGCGUUAGGGCAUUUAACAUAUCAAUGGACAACUGUAGAUAUAAACAAUGAAAAAGAUUGCUGGAAUAAGUUUGCUAGCAAUCAAUAUACUGGCUUUUUGAUUUUACUAGGAAUUAUUUUCGGAAAAUUAACCUCAAAAAAAGAAAAUAAUAAGAUAGAUGAUAAUCAAAAAUAG